AAAACAACAAAUAUUAUGUACAUGACGGUAUAGUUAGUAACAUCGUUGGAAAGCAAUUUUUCAAAGUUAAAUUUGUGAAUAUUAUUACAUUAUAUCCCGGUCCAAGGAAGAUUUUUUGCUCUACAGAAUAUUAUAGCAACUACUGAUCAUUCUUUCUAGAAGUUAUCGUCCGGAUAAAGUGAUAAAAUGUGCUGUGGAUUAGGCGCUUUGGCGUGCUGCUUUGGCACAGCGGCCUGCUCCUGCUGCUGUUCAGCUUGUCCAUCAUGUAAGAACUCCACAUCUACCAGGAUUGUGUAUGGUCUCUUCUUGCUGGUUGGAGCCGUCGUCUCGGCCGUGUUCCUCAUUCCUCAGGUGGAUCAGGCCCUGUCUAACUCGCCAUUACUAUGCAAAGAUGUUGCUGUGGUUGGUCAACUGAUUCCAUCAGAGGUCUGUGAAAGAUUGGCAGGUUAUCGUUCUGUCUAUCGGGUCAGCUUUGGUGUAGCUGCCUUCUUCUUCCUGCUCUCUCUCAUCAUGAUCAAUGUGAAGAGUAGCAAGGAUCCACGCUCACCAAUCCAGAAUGGGUUCUGGUUUUUCAAGUUCCUGGUCAUGUGCGGUCUGUGUGUGGCAGCUUUCUUCAUCCCCAACGGAUCAUUUGAGAACGUAUUCAUGUACUUUGGGAUGGUUGGAGCCUUUGCCUUCAUCAUCAUCCAGUUGGUUCUCCUGGUGGACUUUGCUCACUCUUGGAAUGAGAGUUGGGUCGGUCGCAUGGAGGAAACAGAGCAUAAGGGAUGGUACUGUGCAUUGAUGUCGUCCACUGUGGUCAUGUAUCUGAUUGCUCUGACUGGAUUCAUUCUCUUCUUCAUCUUCUACAUUGGAACUGGGAAAGAGUGUUCCCUUCACAAGUUCUUCAUCAGCUUCAACCUGGUUCUGUGUGUGGUCAUGUCUGUUAUCUCCAUCUUACCCAAGGUCCAGGAAGCCAUGCCACGAUCUGGUCUUCUCCAGUCUGCUGUGAUCUCCAUGUACACCAUGUACCUUACCUGGUCUGCCAUGAGUAACAACCCUGAUGAUACUUGCAACCCCAGCAUCACAACCAUCAUUCAGACUAUAGGUCCUUCUGGUAAUAAUACCAACGUACAUAACCAAGAUGUGGGCUCAGCAGAGAACUGGGCUAGCUUUGCUAUCUGGCUUAUCUGUCUUAUCUACGCAUGCAUCCGUACUGCAAGCACCAACAACGUUGGAAAGCUGACUGGCAGUGAGGACAAUCUACAAUAUGGAACCAAUGAGAAAACUCUGCUUGGAUCAACCAAUUCAAGCGGUGGUGACUCCAAGCCUGCUGAUGGAGACGCAGAGAAGUGGGGCCAAGAGGUGUAUGAUAAUGAGGAGGACACCGUUUCCUAUAGCUACACCUUCUUUCACAUCAUGCUCAUGCUCGCUGCAUUCUACAUGAUGAUGACCCUCACCAGCUGGUUCCAGCCAGCAGGAGCCAACUUUGAUUCGCUGGCUGCCAACAGUGGAGCCAUGUGGGUCAAGAUAUCCUCCAGCUGGGUGUGUGUCGCCCUCUAUGUCUGGACCCUUGUCGCUCCCAUCAUUCUGAGUGAAAGAGAAUUCAGCUAGAUGCCAAGUCGAACGCCGAGGUUUGCUGGGAUAGCAUCUCAAAGAGUGCAGUGAAAUCUUCAAAAUCCACAAGAAAUUUGCGAAAUAUGAUCUCGGUCAAUUGCUGAUAAAGGCACAUGAGCCAUUUUUAUAAACUUAAUAAAAUGGAAUUGUGUAUAUUUUUAUUUUCAAAGUAACCAGUUUAUAACAAUCUAAACAACAGAAAAAGAGUAAAAUAAUUGAAAACAAUAAAUAUUGAUAUCCAGAUAAAUCACAAACUAAGGCUUAUAUGUCAGUUGGCUAAUUAUAUAGACAGAGGUCGUGUGUUUUUAGGUGGAUUAAUCUAACUAAUAUAUUAUUGAAUAAACAUGUAAAAUAAGAAAUAUUAUGUAAGUGUUAAUUGGUAUUAUUUGAUUGCAUUGUAAACUGCGUUGUGAAAAGAAUUAUUUUUCAGUGUAAGUAUAAUCUUAACUUUAGAAAUCAGAUUCUUGCUGUGUAUACCAAUAAACUUUUAUCAAAUCUAGAAUUAUGGUAAACUUCAAGAGGCUACACAUACAUGUGCAACCACAGAUCAUAACGUAUUAUCAUCAAGAAAUGCUGUCAUAUGAAUCAAUAACAAACUUUAUGCAGUCAGUUUCAUGCUGGUACAUGUAUAUAUAUACACUGUAUACAAUCAGAUGUAGUCUCAGUCAUAGCAGUAGUCUGCAUGGUGAAUAUUAGAAGUGCAUUGUUGAAUCUUUGAUGUUCUUGCGACGUGGUAAAUGAAAUAAACACACUCCAACACUCUCACAAAAUAAGCUUUAUGACAAUUAGAAAUUUACAUGUAGUCUGAUCACUAAUCAGUGUGUUACCUAUGUGAUGAAAUAAUAUUUGCAUGUUAGAAAUUCAAAUUGAAAGCUUAUGAAGUGGCAUGCACAUGAAAAAUGGAUUAUAUAAUACAUUUUCAUCGAUAUAAACACAAUGCAAUCUAUAGAUAUGCAGAAAGUGGUAAAACAGCAAAGAGAAAUGUAUACGCAUGAAAAGUAGAAGUUUGAACAUGAUUUUUAAAGCUGAAAGGAAUUGUAAAUAUUGAAAUUCACGCUGUUCAUAUUUGUAUUACCAGUAAGCUUAUUUCAAUGAAUGAUGUGAUAUAUGUUUUUAAGUUGUAGAGCUUUAAAAUGUUAGUUCAGUAUAUAUAUCAUUAUAUUAAUUGUCUUAAAAAUUCCACCCAUACACAGUUAUAGAUGGUAUGCAGUAAUCAUGUGUGGCUUUGUAAGAAAUCUAGUUAUUUUCAACUCGAGAAGUAACUGUAAGUUGACCUCAGAAAGAUGUUAAGCUCCGCUGUUCAACAUGAUUUUCAGUUGAGUUCAGUCAAGACCGAUAUGAUUUUUGUGUUUGAGAUUGAAGUUGUUAUUUUACCCAGGGCACCAUUUAUUAAAGGAGAAAAGACUUUCAAGACUUUUUGCAGGAUGGAGAUCCUUGAAAUUUUGAAUCAAAAGGACACAGAGAUUGUAACAAAUAAUAUAAUUGACCCUUGGAAAAUGAGUAUAAUCUGGAUUGUUUCAUAUGCACAUUUUAUAUUGUUUACUUUAAUAGAAUUUAUUAGGCUCUAAAAUUUCCGACUGAAUCUUCUAAGAAUAUCGAACAUCGAUUCUUUUUCAUUUAAAGAGAGAGAGAGCACAUUCUUUGAAUUUUCCAUGAACAGGACUAAGUUCAAACCAUAUUCUUUUCUCAAAGAUGAUAUCAUCAUUUAUGACUUCAUUACAGGGGCACAAUUCAAAAUAUUCUGGAUCUCUUUGGCUUUGCAGCAUUCUGUGCGAUUGUAGUUCAUAAUGCUGUGUACAAAUAUAACAUGUUCAAAUGAUUUUCUUGAUGUAAUCUUGGUAUGUUUAUUAAUUGUGAACUUGUGAUGACAUUGUGGGUAUUUAAUAUGCAUGCUUAAUGAUCCUACACCUGUAAUAUCGAAACCUAGACAAAGUAAAGAAAGAAUAUUUUAGUUAGAGAUGUCGAUUCUUUUGUUUUUGGGGGGGGGGUGUAAAUAUAUUGUUUAUCAACAAGAAAUAAACUUUCAGAGUUACAACAGUAAGAAUCAGAGAUUUGCAUCCUUGAAGUUAGCGGCAAGCAGCUCCUCCUCUUCUUUAUCUCCUGUUCUCUCUCAUUUUCUCCUUUAUCUCCUGUUCUCUCUCAUUUUCUCUCAUCCUCCCCUCUCUCGCCAGCCACCUUCUACUUCCUUUCAGCCUCGUUCUUUCUCUUAUCCAUUUUCCUUUCCGUUGCCCUGUAUUUAUACUCAAGUCCUAUAUUUUCAUAAUGAUAAGAAUAGCUUUUAAUAUGCAUAAUAUUAGCCAGUUUAAAGGAUAAAAGCUAAUAAUAUUUAUGUGCACAUGUACGCUAUGUGUUGUGAAUUUAGUAUAUUUGGUCUAAUAAUAAAGAACUAUUCAUAAAUUUA